AUACGGCAGCAGCUGAACGACUCAAACCGGCGGUCCAGACGACCUCCUGACGCCAGUGCGCGUUAUUUUCUUUUCUUUUUGUUCUUUUUUUCUUUUUAUUUUAUUUUAGCUCCCGUGUCUGUGCCACACCCCCUCUCCAAUCGGAGCGGUGGUACGAUCCAGGCAAAGUGCUCUAGCAGCACCGAGCCCCUCACCGGCAGCUCCAGCAGCAUCAGCCUCAUUUGGGUUCAACCGCGGCUAAACGCACCGCGCCGGACUCCAUACACUAUACUCCCUCCUUUACAUACAUACACACACUCUCUCUCUCUCUCUCACACACACACACACAGUGCAGCACAGCACGACUGACUGACUGACUUGUUUGCUGGCGCACAGCCUCUGCAAGGAGAUCCCUUCCUAUUCCGCGCAAAUCGUUUCGUCGUCCUCUCUGUCGGCAUUCGGGAGCGAGCAGCAUCAUCAGCAUCAGCACCGCCACCUCAGAGCCAGACCAUCACAUUUUUUAAACAGGAGCACAUUUCCAACAAGAAGGAGGAAGGAGGAGGAGGCAGGAAGGGAAGGUUGGUUUGCUCAAGUCUUCAGCGUCUGCAAGCAUAGAGUCGGACAAGAAGAAUGGCUUUACGUCGGAAAGAGUGUGUUUUCUGCGCCGUGGCUUUGCUGAGUGACUAAGUGGAGCCCUACGAGCCAUGGAGGAGAUGGACAGCAAACCCUACCAGCCACUGUCUAAAGGCCGCCAUGAAAUGGAGAUGUCCUACACCAGCUCGUCCGACGAGAGCGAGGACGGCCGUACUCAUCAUCGCUCCUACACUUCGCGAGAAACUCUGCCAGACUACACGCACGAGCUUCGCCUCACCCUUGGGUCACACCGUGACAGACAGAGCAACUACAGCCAACCCCAACCAGAUCUAGACUUCUGCAAAGCUGGGCAGAUCAGGAGCCCCGACUACCACAUCCACCAGCAGCAGCCGCAGCAGCAGCCGCGGCAGCAUCAGGAAGAGGAGGAGGAAGCACUGUGCACCGGACCGGCGGCUCACGUCCACGGUCGCGGCUACUCGCUCGGCGUCGGGUCCGACGUGGACACGGAGCCGGAGGUGGACCCGUCUCCCGCUCACGGCCUGCAGCACAUGUGGAUGCGCGGCCUGAAGUCCGAGCAGAGCUCCUGUCUGACCAGCCGCGCCAACUCGGCCCUCUCCCUCACCGACACGGAGCACGACAGGAAGUCUGAGCCCGACAACGAGCUGCCCAGCAGUCCAGGUGGCCAGUUUACGUUUCGUCCGCUCCCCCCUCCGCCGCCGCCGCCCCACGCCUGCACUUGCGCCCGCCCGGCUCCUUACACUCAAGUCAGCCUGCAGAGGAAGACCAUGCCGACGCGGUGUCAGACCGGCCAGGGCGGCCAGGGGGCAGACAACAGCUCGGCAACAGACCCGGCGCAGCUUCACAACAGCUGGGUGCUCAACAGCAACAUCCCCCUAGAGACCAGACAUUUCCUGUUCAAGCAGGGCUCAGGUUCAUCAGCCCUCCUGUCGGGCGCGGGGCAGGGAUACCCUCUGACUUCUGGGACGGUGUACUCCCCACCGCCGCGGCCGCUCCCUCGCAGCAGCGUGACCAGGCCGCUGUUUACCUUCAACAAGCCUCACCGCUGCUGCAACUGGAAGUGCACAGCCCUGUCUGCCUCCCUGCUGACCCUCACGCUGGCCCUGCUGCUCACAUAUGUCAUCGCGGUCCACCUGUUAGGCCUGACCUGGCAUCUGCGGAACGGUGAGAACCAGCUGUAUGAAAACGGUCUGAGUUCAGCGGACCAUCAACAGGAGGACCGCGGCAAACUCCGGCCUACGAGCUCCGUCCACCUGCUGGACGCACUCAACCCUGAAAACACAUACACGGCUGACAGAGAGAAAUGGGUGAGGGGCCGCGCCAUCGACCGUGGCGAGAUCGACGUCGGAACCCAGCAGACCCAGGCGAUCCCGCCGGGCCUCUUCUGGAGGUUUCACAUGACCGUCCACCAUCCGACCUACGUCAAGUUCAAUCUGUCGCUGUCGCACAACGCGCUGCUGGGGGUCUACGGUCGCAGGAACAUCCCGCCCACACACACUCAGUUUGACUUCGUGAAACUGCUGGACGGGAAGGCCCUGCCCAGGUCGCUGACCGAUCCCGUCUCCACCGCCAAAACCCCAAAGGGCCUUCUGCUGAGCGGCCUGCAAGAAACCGGCUUCAUCGAGUACAUGGACCCCGGCACGUGGCACCUGGCGCUCUACAACGACGGACGCAACCUGGAGCAAGUGCAGCUCCACAGCACGCCCAUAGAUUCCAUGGAUGGCUGCUCCACGGACUGCAACGGGAACGGAGAGUGCGUGGCCGGACACUGUCACUGCUUCGCUGGGUUCUUGGGCCCCGACUGCGCCAAAGAUUCGUGCCCAGUGUUGUGCAGCGGGAACGGGAUGUACGAGAAGGGAAGGUGCGUGUGCCUGCCAGGGUGGAAGGGGGCGGAGUGUAACGUGGAGGAAGGUCAAUGCAUCGACCCCACCUGCUCCAACCACGGCAACUGCAUCCAGGGGAUUUGCAUAUGCAGCCCAGCCUACAAGGGCGUCAACUGUGAACAAGUGGACUGUGCGGACCCCCAGUGCAGCGGGCACGGCGUGUGCGUGCGCGGCGAGUGCGUGUGCUCGGCGGGUUGGGCCGGCGUGAGCUGCGAUGACCCCUUGCCGGCCUGUCAGGAACAGUGUUCGGGACACGGCACCUACCUGCCAGAGUCAGACACCUGCACCUGCCAGCCCAACUGGACUGGACCGGACUGCUACACCGAGCUGUGCCCGGUGCCAUGUGGCAGCCACGGCGUUUGCUCCGAGGGCCAGUGCCAGUGCGAGGAGGGCUGGAUCGGCGCCGCGUGCGACCAGAGAGCGUGCCACCCGCGCUGCGAGGAGCACGGCCAGUGCCACGACGGGACCUGCAUCUGCCAGCCGGGCUGGGAGGGGGAGCACUGCAACAUCGUCACUCACGAUCUGGAUGUCGUUGUGAAAGACGGCUGCCCGGGGUUAUGCAGUGGUCACGGACGCUGUACCCUGGAGCAGAGUGGCUGGCGCUGCAUCUGCCAGGCUGGAUGGAGUGGGCCAGGAUGCAGCGUUGUCAUGGAAACUGACUGCAGUGAUGGAACUGACAAUGACGGAGACGGACUCAUCGACUGCGUGGAUCCGGACUGCUGCGAGCAGCUGAGCUGCGGCUCCGACCCGCUGUGCCACGGCUCGGCCGACCCGCUCGCCCUGCUGCAGCAGAGCCCGCUGCUCACCAGCGCGCCCACCAGCACGCACACGCAGAGCUUCUACCGCCGCAUACGCUUCCUCCUCGGCAAGGCGGCCACACACACUCUCCCGGGAGACGUGCCCUUUGAUACCAGCCGUGUGGCUGUGAUUCGAGGGAACGUCGUGCUGCAGGACGGCUCGCCUCUAGUUGGAGUCAACAUCACCUUCCCACAGCAUCCCGAGUACGGCUACACCGUCAGCAGGAAGGACGGGAGUUUCGACUUGGUGACUUUCGGCGCCAUGUCUGUGACCCUCAUGUUCCAGCGCCCGCCCUUCCUGCCACAGACACGCACCAUAUGGACGCCAAACAACAACUUCCUGGUCUUAGAUCAUGUGACCAUGGCCAGGGAGGAGCCUGAGACGCCAAAAUGUGACAUCAGGAGCGUUCUGAGUCCCUAUCCACUGGUCCUGCCUUACCCGCUCCCCAGAUACACAGGAGCAUGCGCAGAGAAGGGCCCGGCUGUGCCUGAGCUACAGGCGGUUCAUGAGGAGGUCUCCAUCCCAGGGGCCUUUCUGAAGCUCAGCUACCUGAGCACCCGCGCCGCCGGCUACUCCUCGCUGCUGCGCAUCCUCCUCACCCCGCCGUCCCCGUCCUCGCCCGUCUCCCCUCUGGGCGGUCUGUCCAAGGUGCACGUCCGCGCGUCCGUCCAAGGACGGCUGUAUCAGCGGUGGUACCCCGCGGGGCCCGGUCUGGUUCACAAGCUGGUCUGGAACAAGACCGACGUCUACGGCCAGGAGGUCUGGGGGCUCACUCACGCAACUGUAUCAGUGGGUUAUGAGUAUGAGUCAUGUCCCGGAGUCAUCCACUGGGAAAGGAGGACAGCUCUGAUGCAUGGAUUUGAACUGGUGCCCUCUAAUCUUGGAGGCUGGUCUUUGGACAAACACCAUGCUCUCAACUUUCGCAGUGGAAUCCUGCAUAAAGGGAAUGGAGAAAACAUCUUCCUAUCCCAGCAGCCCCCGGUCAUCAGCACCGUCAUGGGGAACGGUUUCUAUCGCAGCGUCCCCUGCGGCCCGAGCUGCAGCGGCGCGGCUCGGGACAUGAUGCUGUUCGCCCCCGUGGCGCUGGCCAGCGGGCCCGACGGCUCCCUCUACAUGGGAGACUUCAACUUCAUCCGCAGGGUGCAUCCGGAUGGAUACACGAGGACCAUACUGGAACUCAAGAACCGGGACACCAGACACAGUACCAGCCCGGCGCACAAGUAUUAUCUGGCCAUGGACCCGGUCGGUGAGGUCCUCUACGUGUCUGACACCAGCAGCCGCAGGGUGUACAGAGUGAGGAACCUCGGGCAGCCCAAGGAUCCGGCACGCAACCUUGAAGUAGUGGCGGGGACGGGAGAGCAAUGCCUGCCGUUCGACCAGAGCCACUGCGGGGAGGGCAGGAAGGCCACUGAAGCGGCGCUCAACAACCCUCGAGGUAUUGCCGUGGAUAAGAGAGGAGUUGUCUACUUCGUGGAUGGCACCACCAUUCAGAAGAUUAAUGAGCGGGGUCUGCUCUCCACCGUGAUUGGCUCAAACGGACUGAUGUCGACGCAGCCGCUGAGCUGCGAUGCGCUCAUGGAUAUCAGCCAGGUGCGCUUGGAGUGGCCAACAGACCUCGCCAUUAACCCGCUGGACAACUCCCUCUACAUCCUGGACAACAACAUCGUUCUGCAGGUGUCGGAGAGCCUCCAGGUACGGAUCGUGGCGGGGCGUCCGAUUCACUGCCAGGUCCCCGGCAUCGACCACCACCUGGUGAGCCGAGCGGCGGUACGCGCCACCCUGGAGGCCGCCAAGGCCAUCGCCCUGUCGCACCUGGGGACGCUGUUUAUCGCUGAGACGGACGAGAGGCGGAUCAACCGCAUCCAACAGGUGUCGACCAACGGGGAGAUAUCGAUCAUCUCUGGAGCCCCGACAGACUGCGACUGCAAGAUAGACCCCAACUGUGACUGCUUCUCUGGCGACGGAGGCUACGCCCGUGACGCCCGCCUCAAAGCCCCCUCCUCCCUGGCCGUGGCGCCCAACGGCACCCUGUAUAUCGCCGACCAAGGGCCGUCCCCCUGGAACGGCUCCCACAUGUACACCAAGCACCUCAUCACGGGCCACUACCUGUACAACUUCUCCUACGGGACGGACGGCCAGCUUUCGGGGAUGACGAGUCGCGACGGGCGCGGCCUGCAGGUGCGGCGGGACGCCCACGGCGUCCCCCUGUGGCUGGCGCUCCCCGGCGGUCAGGUGUACUGGCUGUCCCUCAGCAACAGCGGCAUGCUGAGGAAGGUCUCGGCCCAGGGCCACGACCUGGCCCACAUCUCCUACCACGGCAACACGGGCCUGCUGUCCACCAAGAGCGACGAGAACAGCUGGACCACCGUUUAUGAGUAUAGCAGCGAGGGGCGUGUCACCAACAUCACCUUACCCACGGGUGAGGUGAGUGGUUUCCACGGCAACCUGGAGCGCUGGUCUCGAGUGGAGGUCGAAGCUUCCAACCGCGAGAACUUUGUCACCAGCACCAACCUGUCUGCGAGCGACACCAUCUACACGUUCAAGCAAGAUCACGCCCAGAACUCGUACAGGGUCAGCUCCGACGGGUCGUUUCUGGUGGCGCUGGCGAGCGGGAUGGAGCUGUCGCUGAGCACGGAGCCCCUCCUGCCGGGCGGCGCCGGGGGCGGAGUCAGCCCCACGGCCAGCCGCUGCAACAUCAGCCUGCCCGGCGACCACGGCCCCAGCCUGAUCGAGUGGAGGCAGAGGAAGGAGCAGAGCAAGGCCAACUACAGCACCUACGAACGCAGGCUCAGGGCUCACAACAGGAACCUGCUUUCCAUAGACUUCGACCAGAACACCCGGGUGGGGAAGAUCUACGACGACCACAGGAAGUUCACCCUGCACAUCCAGUACGACCCGCUGGGCCGGCCCGUGGUCUGGUCGCCCAGCAGCAAGUACACCGAGGUGAACAUCAGCUACUCGGCCGGGGGGCUGCUGUCGGCCAUCCACCGCGGAGAGUGGUCGGAGCGGCUGGAGUACGAGAACGACCGGGUGGUGUCCAGGGCCUGGGUCAACGGCAAGAUCUGGAGCUACACAUACGCAGACAGAUCCAUCAUGCUGCUCCUGCACAGCCAGCGGCGCUACAUCUUUGAUUACGACCAAACGGACCGCCUGGUUGCCGUGACGAUGCCCAGCAUGGUGAAGCACGCCCUGCAGUCCCUGCUGUCCGUCGGCUACUACAGGAACAUCUACACCCCUCCGGAGAGCCAGGCCUCGUUCAUGCAGGACUACACGCUGGACGGGCGCCUGCGGAGGACCCAGUACCUGGGGACGGGCCGCAGCGUCAUCUACAGGUAUACACCGGCAGCGAGGCUCUCAGAGGUCGUUUAUGACUCCACCCUGGUGACCUUCACCUACGACGAAGCCUCCGGCACCGUCAAGACCAUUCACCUCACCCACGACGGCUUCAUAAGCUCCAUACGAUACAGACAGACUGGCCCCCUGACAAGUCGGCAAAUCUUCCGCUUCAGCGAGGAAGGCUUGGUCAAUGCCAGAUUUGACUACAGCUACAACAACUUCAGAGUCACCAGCAUGCAGGCGGUCAUCAAUGAAACCCCUCUGCCCAUUGAUUUGUACCGCUACGUGGAUGUUUCUGGGCGGGUAGAGCAGUUUGGCAAGUUCAGCGUCAUCUUCUAUGACCUCAACCAGGUCAUCACCACCCACUUAAUGAAGCACACCAAGGUGUUCAACUCCUACGGCCAGGUGGUCGAGGUCCAGUACGAGAUCCUGAAGUCCAUCGCCUACUGGAUGACCAUUCAGUACGACUCGGCAGGGCGCAUAACCACCUGUGACAUCAGAGUCGGCGUGGACAGCAACGUGACCCGGUACACCUACGAGUACGACGCAGACAGCCAACUGCAAAGCGCCUCGGUGAACGAGCGCCCUCAGUGGCGUUACGGCUACGACCUCAACGGGAACAUCAACCUGCUCAGCCAUGGAACGAGCUCUCGGCUAACGCCGCUGCGGUACGACCAGAGGGACCGGAUCACGCACCUCGGGGAACUGCAGUACAGCGUGGACGACGACGGCUUCCUCCGCCAACGAGCCAACGACCUGUUCGAUUACAACUCCAACGGCCUGCUGACCCGCGUCUUCAACCGGGCGACGGAGCGCACCGUCUGGUACCGCUACGACGGCCUGGGCCGGCGCGUGGCCACGAAGAACAGCGAGGGCGAGCAGCUGCAGUUCUUCUACGCCGACCUGUCGCACCCCACCAGGGUGAGCCACCUGUACAACCACAGCAGCAACCUGAUCACGUCGCUGUACUACGACCUUCAGGGCCACCUCAUUGCGAUGGAGCUGAGCAGCGGGGAGGAGUUUUACGUCGCCUGCGACAGCGUGGGGAGCCCCAGGGCGGUGUUCUCCAGCAAGGGUCGACUGGUCAAAGAGAUCCUCUACACCCCCUACGGGGAGGUCUAUCAGGACACCAACCCCGACUUCCAGCUCACCAUCGGCUUCCACGGGGGAUUGUACGAUCCGUUCACGCGGCUGGUCCACCUCGGCAGGCGGGAUUACGACACGCUCGCCGGUCGAUGGACUUCACCGAACCACGAGCUGUGGGGCGAGCUGAGCAGGGAGCCCAAACCGUUUAACCUGUACGCCUUCAACAGCAACUGCCCGGUCGGGAAGGUGGAGGAGGUGACGCAAUUCACAACAGACAUCGGCAGGUGGCUGCAGCUGUUUGGCUUCCAGCUUCAUAAUGUUGUCCCGGGUUUCCCAAAGCCUGAAGUGAGCAGAAUGGAACAAACAUAUGAACUGAUGAAGACCCAGACAAAGACGCAGGACUGGGACUCCAGCAAGAUGGUGCUGGGAAUCCAGUGCGAGUUGAGGAGACAGCUGAGGAGCUUCAUCUCCCUGGAGAGGUUACCUCUGGUCUCCGAGCCCGUGGGCUCAGCUUGCCACAGACCGUCUCAUCCUCCGCCCUUCGGCUCCCGACCCUUCAUUCUCGGCCCCAACAUCCGCUUCGCGGUGUCGCACGGUCGGGUGAGCGCGGAAGUCAUCGGGGUGGCCAGCGAGGACAGCCGGCGGGUGGCGGCCAUCCUGAACAGCGCCGUCCACCUCACCGGGCUGAGCUUCACCGUGCACGGCUGCGACACGCACCACUUCCUGCAGUCCCGUCCCAUCGAGGAGGACCUCGCCCUGGGGCUGGGCGUCGGGGGACGCAUCCUGGAGAGCGGCGUCAACGUGAGCGUGUCCCAAUUGAGCGCCACGGUGAACGGCAGGACUCGACGCUUCGCCGACAUCACCCUCCAGCAGGGGCCGCUGUGCCUGUGCGUGCGCUACGGCGGAACGGAGGAGGAGGAGAGGGCGCGGGUGAGGGAGGAGGCGAGGAAGAGGGCGGUGGAGGGCGCUUGGGAGAAGGAGAGGAAGCGGUUGGAUUUGGGGGACGUUGGGAGCCGGUCGUGGAGCGAGGCGGAGAAGCAGCAGCUGCUGUCCGGCGGUCGCGUUCAGGGUUACGACGGCUACUACUCCCUGCCUAUAGAGCAGCAGCCGGAGCUGUCCGACUGCCCCUCCAACAUCCACUUUAUGACACUUAGCGAGGUGGGGGGCAGGUAACAGAGACACACAAACAGCCCCCCAUCCCACCAAAGACUGCCUGUUUCUACUCUGCUCUGAUUUGUUCUACUGUUUCUAUACUUUACUGAAAAAUAAAAAAAGAAGACGAUAACUACGGAGAACAAGAAGAGAGAAUGGGGGGAGGGAGAAAAAAACAAACUUCCAAAUGCCUUUAAUUGUGACAAAAUGAUGGUAUUUUAUUAUUAUCGUCCAGUUUCUCCGAUUUCUAACAGUGGCACAAGCGGUGUGGUUUGGCUGUGGCUUUGCUUUUUGUAUCCUGACUGACAGACUGACUGACGGAUUGAUGGACUGACAAUCUGCCAUUUACUGUUUCAACACUGUUCAAUCAUUUGGGACCGUGUUUAAAAACCACUGAACUACAAAGAUGGAAGACUUACGGGUGGCCAGUGGAACGAUCCUCUUCAUGAUCACGAGCUCUCCGGUUGCCAUUUUGAGUUCCCCCCAGACCCCCAUGGUUUACCUCGGAUAUACUACCGUUUACAUAUUGUGUAAGAGAGGCCUUGUUGACUCUGGCACUCCCCUUUAGAGAAGAAACCUCCUGUGGUUUCCACCUCUGGUGUGCUCCAACUGUAGUUUGUAUGAGUGUGUAUACUAAAAUCAAGAAUGUACAUAGCCAGUGCUUUCACACUGAAAAAAAAAGUGCUCUAACUGAAAAUUAUGUUGUUCAUAAGUGUCAGUAUUGUUAAUCAAUAGAAGAUCUGUUACAUUUUUUUGCAAAGAUUAUACAUGGCUAUAGUAAUUAUUCUCGCUAAAAAAGAAAGCUCACUUUAUUGGGUUACAAUGCUGAUUAAAGUUAUUAUGUGUGAAUUAC